ACGUAGGGCACGUGCAGCCCACGGUUGCACAACUCCUUCUGGGUAAACGCUCGCUGUCCUGCACGUUGACAUUGGUGCAGUAACCUGACAGAGGAACCUUCUGGGCUCACCGCUAGAACAGACAGCGCAGGAUGGGAGCUUCCAUGUCUACACCCGCUGCUCCUACAGUGAGGGCAGAGGCUAUGAUGGCUGCCCCUCCGCAAGGCUGCCCGAUGCACCAAGAAGCUAAGCCUGUCGCAGUGUCUCCACCUCCGAGUUGCCCCAUGCAUCAAGCUCAACCUGUCACAGCGUCUCCUCCGCCCGAGUGUCCGAUGCACAAAGCAGAAGCAGGUCCGGCCCACCAGGAGCGGGCCUAUGAGUUUGUGGAGUGUCCGAUGAAAGCUUCAGCAGACAUGAAAAGUGACAUCGACCCAGCAAACAUGAUGCCUCCUCCGAACCAAACACCAGCUCCGGACCAGCCCUUCAGCCUUUCCAUCUCGAGAGAGGAGUCCAACAUUCCUCGUCACGGUGCAGAGAAGAACUGGGUUUACCCAUCUGAACAGAUGUUCUGGAAUGCCAUGCUGCGAAAGGGUUGGCGUUGGCGUGACGACGACCUCGCCCCUGAUGACAUGAACAACAUCAUUAAAAUCCACAACCGGAACAAUGAGCAGGCCUGGGAAGAGAUCCUGAAAUGGGAGGCCAUGCAUGCACUUGAAUGUCCAUGCGGGCCGACCUUGAAGAGGUUUGGUGGGAAAGCCAAAGAGUUCUCACCCAGAGCUCGCUUCCGCCACUGGAUGGGCUACGAGCUGCCUUUUGACCGCCAUGACUGGAUCGUUGACCGCUGCGGGAAGGAGGUGCGCUACGUCAUCGACUACUAUGACGGCGAAGUCAACAAAGACACCUACCAGUUCUCAAUCCUGGAUGUUCGCCCCGCCUUUGACUCUUUAGAUGCCGUCUGGGACCGCAUGAAGGUGGCCUGGUGGCGCUGGACCUCCUAAAGGACUCCGACAUGCACAUAGGUCACUGUGUGAACUUCAUACACACAGACACACACAAAGACUGUGAAUAUGGCGUUCCUCAUUUAAGAUUUGUCCGAUAUGUGUGGUGCUGUGAAGAGAAACAAAGAAGACCUGAUUUUGUAGAAGCUUUGGCGCACAUACAUGAAGCUUUGUCUGUUAAUCAUAUUGAUUCAUGUGGAGAAUAUAACUUCAUCCACUUCUUCAAACAGCAUGUGCAUCAGUGGAAGGAGGUGCUUGUCAAACUGGUCAAAUGAUGCCUCACACUGCUUCUGAGAAUCUGUUGUUUCAUUCUGUGCUCAAUCCCAAUGUCACCACAGAAAGAGCUUACUUAGAGGUUUACUAAAAACCUACCCAGUGAAGUUCAUCAAAAGGAGAUCUGCGUAGUCUGUGGAAACAGUUUAAUAUCCUCUGUGUCUCUGGGGGAGCUUUAUCAAGUCUGAGAAAAUAAGAUUUAUCACAAACAAAGACUCCCGAAAUUUAAAUCCCACUGCGUUUUCAAAUUCACAGCACAGCAAUUUGAUUAACUUAAAUGAAGAUAUAAUUCCUUACAGUAGUCAGGUAAAUUGUCGUCUUUGCAAAAAAAAAAACUGUCGUCUUUGCAAAAAAACUUCCUCUAUUGUGGCAGAUGGAGUCAAGUCUGACUUUGAGAUGACAUUAUCAACCAUAAUUUCCUCUCGAUGUAAAUGUUGUAGAAAUGUACGUUAACAGUGGCGUACAUAUGUACAUACAGAUCAAAUAUGCUUAUAUUUUUGUUCUUGCAGAAAAGACCCUUGUUUUAUCUCAUAGAUGACAGUAGCUUGUUUAGAGGUUAGCCUAAAAGUCAGUUCAUAUACUGUAUUAUUAUGUUGUAGUGUUCAAAUCAUAUAUUACUUUCCUAUUUCACAAAAAUGGAUUAAAGUUCAAAAAUAGCUCAAUUAAACAGGAUUCUCAUCUCAGACGUAUCACAUUCGAACGGCUUUAAAUUGACAUCUGUCCUCUGCUAAUGUUUCCGACAUGGCUUUGGGCCAUUUCAAAACAUUUGGGGUCUUGUCAAGCGCUCUCCUUACAGUCGACAGUGCACCUCCUGGAGUACACAGCAACACGCCUGCCAAGUGUGAUGUUGAUCAUAUGAACGGUUGUUGAGGUUUUCUGGAAUUAUUAGUUUAAUUUUAGUGCAACAUUAUCUGUAAUUUCUACAGUGGUGUCAGAAUUCUACAGAAAAGGAUUAGGGACACUGAUUUUUCUUUAGAAAGAUAAAAGAAUUCACAGAAUUAAUUCAGAAUUAUUUUCUUUCUGAAAAAUACCUAAUGUGGCUCUAAUUCUCCAAAAGAAUUCCCUGUCUCAGCUCUGGUGUUUCAAUUUGCUGCGCUGAUAUUGAUAUUUUUAUUUAUUGUUUGAAUAAGUGCAGAUUUCUGUGUGCAGGAUCUUGAGGUUUCUGUUCCCAGAAAAUGUUCUUUACUAGCUCUGGUGGUCAACUUUCAAUAAAGCAGGUUUUCUUCCUCUAAA